AUGGCCGUGUCUCGUGGUGAAAAGCUUGGUACAAUUGUUUGUGCUCUGGCACAUGGAUCGUUAUUGGUGCUCGUGCUAACUCCGUGUGUGUGCAAGGCGACUGGUGACUAUGGCGGCGGCCUCUCCGACGACCACUACAGCGAGUCCUGCCCGGAUCGGAGCUGGAGAUCAUCAUCAAGAAGUCCCUGGCACCAAUCUUCGCCGUGGACAUCACCUCGCCGGCCGCCCUCCUCCGCCUGCUCUUCCAUGACUGCCAAGUCCAUGUACGGAUGUGACGGCUCCAUAUUGCUCAGCUCCGACGAGCGCCGGCACAUCACCUCGGAGCUGGACUCACGCAAGAACCUCGGGAUCCGGCACGUCGGCACGAUCGGGCUCGUGAAGGCGGCCGUGGAAGCGGCCUGCCCCGGCCUGGUGUCCUGCGCCGACAUCGUCGUCCUGGCAGCGAGGGAGGCCGUGGCGCACGCCGGCGGGCCGCGCAUCCCCAGCGUGCCCCUUGGCCGGAGGGAUGGACGCGACCACUACCAGCACGCAGGCCGCCGAUGCGCAGCUUCCGUCCUGUUUCCUCGGGAUUGA